AUGAGACGCAAAAGGCCAGAGGAAGAGGCUUGUGGUGUGUGGCUGGACGCGGCGGCGCUGAAGAGGCGGAAGGUGCAGACUCAUUUAAUCAAACCAGGCACCAAAAUGCUGACAUUGCUUCCUGGGGAGAGAAAACCCGAUACUUCUUUUACUCAAAGAAGAGUCACUCGACAGACCAGUAUUGCAUCCUUUGUUACCUUGCAACCAGGAAUGGCAAAUGAUAACCAGAAAAGCGUUUUGUCUUUCAAAGAAAAUCAGAUCAACAAAGAAUGCAAGAGAACCCAGCUAGAUUGUUUGGUUCAGGAAUUGGGGUAUGAUAGCUUGGUAUCACCUUUGGCCACUUCAACUCCUGCAGACAUCCAGGAAGCUGGACAUUUUCCUCCAUCUCCCCAGAUUUCCAGUUGCCACAGUUUGGAAACACCGUCUUUGACUACAAUGCCACAACCUGACAUGAUGGACGCUGGAUCAUGUGAAGCCUCCCUGGCUUCUUCCUUUACUCAGUACUUAGAAAGUUCUUGUUUGCUGGACCAAAGAGAGGCCAGGAGGAAAAGGGACUGGCUUCAUGGAUCUAAGACAAACUGUCCAGGCAUGGGAAGUCACAUCAGACCAUCUGGUGAUAAAUGCUGUCAGUCCUUGGACAAAGCUGAACUGGGGGAAAAGGGGCCUGCCAAGGAAAACAGGAAGGCUCCUGAACAUCCUCAAACCUAUAGGUUCAAAUCCUGGAGUAGGAAAAAACCGCUGUUGGUGACAGAAAGUCCUUGUCCUCUUUCUGUGUUUUCCUGGGACAGUGAAAGGAAUGACAGGGAAUCCUGGAGUCAGCUUUUCACGGAAGAUUCCCAAGGCCAGCUGGUCAUAGCCCACAACACUAAAAUGCCCUUUCAAGAUGUAACCAACAUUAGGAAUCAAGGCUUGGGGCAGUUUCCUGACAGCCCUCAGGCUCAGUGCCAAGAUGGGCCUACUCUGUUAGAUCUGCAGCCAAACCUGCUCUUUACCCAGGACUCUGAAGGUAAUCAGGUUAUCAGACACUAGUUCCAAAUGUUUGUCAGAGAUGGAGGAAGGUAGGGUGGGGCUGGGUAGAGAGGAGGGUUUAGGUGAGGCUACAGGGCAUGAAGCAAUUGUCACUAUGGAACAUUGUUCUCC